AUGCAGAGCCUGGCACACACCGCGUACUUCUCCUCGCCGCUGGGUAAUUCAGAGUGGCGGGGGCUCAACACACCCUCGCUGGUCGAGCGCCAUCUUAACAGUCAUGUCGAAAGCCGUCGAUCACUGUACCAGAGGGAGGCACCGACGACGGCGUGGGCCUCUGCUUCGUCCUCUUCUUCUUCUUCUUCUUCGGGUGCUGUUGACGGCACUGUUGGGUCUUUUGCGCUGCGUCGCUGUUUGGAUCUUUUGGUGCGGGCGCAGAGAACUCAAUCCGAGAGUGUGACGAUGCUCACAACACUUCGCGAACGUCUAUUUCCGACACCCAGACGUGGAGGUGGACCGCUUCAUACGCCUGUUGUUGCGUUGGACGAUGUGGACCGCGAGGUUUUGCGGCUACGUAUUCUUGAGCUGAAACAUUCCGGACUCAACCCAAAGCUGUCUGAAUCCAUUGAUAGUGCCCUGCUGCCAUUUCAGUCUUGCCUUAGACAAGAGUCGGAAAGGUCUGCGACUGCCAGUGAGACAGGCGGAGUUUCUGAGGCUUUAUGGGAGCCCUGCAAUCGGGUGGCGUCUCUGCGGGAGCAGUUCAUGGGUCUUGCUCAACUGCAGGAAGAGGCGAUGCAGUCGCUGGGCAUGCAGUUGUCCGAGUUAUUUGCAGCCACUGCCGCCAAAAGUGGCAGUCUUUACUACUACCCCGCUGUUAUAGAAACAAACGAUGGGGAUGGAACGCAUGGAACCCGCGAGCGGGGUCCACAUGAUGCGGUUUUACGGUUUUUGGAGCAGCUGGAGGACGUGAUGGCUAGUAAACAGCACAUUGUUCUCUGUCUGGCGAUGGCCCUAAGAGAGAUUUAUGAUUCCGUGGCCCCAACGUCCGCGUUGUCCUUAGGCGUCCUGCCUGUGGCGACGAGCAGAGGAAAGGGAGAAGCUCUCUGCGUGUUUAAAAGGGAGGAUUCUGCAAAUAACCGCGUGUCUGUCUCUGUUUCACCGCUGAGUACUUUGCAUCCCUCAUGUUCGACCCCACGCGAGGAGUCCGUGCGGUCGCCAACAGGUGAAACUGACGGGCGGAAGUUGCUGCGACCAAUUCACGCUGGUCACGUGCAAGAGUGCCGCAGCGGCAACAGCAAUGGACUGCCCGAUGUUGACGGCUCGCCAUUGCCCAAGUUGUUUGGGUGUGAUGUUUCACCCAAUGAACCUACAUGCAGGGAUUGCAGGGGUCGCAGGGAGAAGACGGAAGAGUCACCACCGCGUCAAGAAGAUUGUGCGUCGUCUAGUAGUCUGCGGCCGUCGUGGGAUUUUGACAUUUCACCCGAGAGCGGCAAUCAACGUUCGCCGUCGCUUUGCACAGGGGGAAUGAGAGCGGUGAGCGCUUCACCACCACCGCCCUUGGCAAGGUGUAUUGGGAAGCAGACGGAAGAGACGCUGCAGGCUUCGUUGGAUGCAAACUGUUGGCUGCGGCAGAAAAAUGAAAAAGGUGAGGGGGAAUCAAUCGCCGAAGAAAUGCCACAACCGCAAUCCGCAUCGAAUUUCUUACCGUCCAUGAGCGGGGGAGAAAAUAGGGACCAUGCACCAGUUCAUGGGCGACGACAGAAGGAACCCACAGCCGAUAUCGCCGCGGAGAACGCGCGGCUAGUGCGUUUGCUGGAAGCAAAGGACAGUAUGAUUCUUGGUAUGCAAGAGCGUUUUCUUGGCGCUGUGCCUUUGCUUGUUGAGCGUUUAGGGAGCAAUGGCCCUCACAGCGUAAGAAGCGGCAGUAACAAUAGCAACUGUUCUUGUCGUAGUCGAUGUUCUUUGACCCGUGGGGAUUCUGCUGAGGAGCAGUCAUCGACACCACCGCCACCGACACGUACCGCCUCGACAUCCACAUGUCAGAGAGGAAGUGGGGGUCGGAUCGAGGAAGCAGCAAACACGGGGCGAAGCGAUGACUUUACUGAGCUCACGGUGCUCAAAGAGAGGUUGGCUGCACAUAUGGAAGAAAACCAACGUCUGCGUGACGCCUUAAAUGAGAUGAAAGAGGAGAAGCAACGGUGGAAACGGGAGGCGAGAGAGCUCAAGGAGGAGAAUCAUGUAUGGAAGGAGAGGGGGCGGGAGGCAAAGGUGCGUUGUGAGCGGCUUGAGGAUGAUAUUCUUUUUUUAAAGAAGCGACUCUUGAAGUCUGAGGGGGCGUUAAUGCUGAGAGACACGGCAUUCACUUCUGUGAAGCGUGAUGAGAGGCCACUGUUGAGUACAUCUUCAAGCCAUCACCUUAGCAGCAAUGCCAAGAAUGAAAAAACCAACAGGGGGACGGACGGUCUUGUUUCUCGUGACGAGGCAGACGACUCCUUAUCGCCUAAACGAGGUCGGAGUCGAACUUUGUCUCCGUCUUUGAAGGUUGGUGUGACAACGUUGCAAACUUCUGCUUCCCUGCAGGAGAAGCGAAAUCGUUUGCUUUCGAAGCUUGGGAAGCGCACCGAGGAAGGUACGCUGCCGCAGGCAAAUCCUUCUUUUGAUGCGUACGAGGAACCGAUUGUGGUGGUUUCGCCACUGACAGAAGAGCGCGUGAUGGUGGGAGGUGGCGGCGCCGCACCCACAACACCUCCGCCUUCUGCGAUCUCCUUUUCGCCGUCGUCUGGGGCGGUCCGGAUCGACAGGCGCCUUUCGCCGGAGUAUCACUCACCGCAGGCGGAACCUUUUGCGUGCGUGAGGAGCGGCGUCCGUGGCGAUGGGGCGGGGAAUGCGCGGCUAUCCACCGCGGAAGUCGACCGUAUUCUUGCGAGUGCGCGUAGCCUUUUGAAGUCGGUUGGCUCCGCACGGAACGGCCAUCGCGAUUUAUUUUUCCCGUCAGCUACCGACAAAAUGACGUUUGCCUCCACCUCCGACUCUUCGUGGUCGGGCUGCGCAUCCACCAUUUCCGGCGACAACGUGCGUCAGGGGAGUGGUGCUGCCGCUUCUUACGCCGUGGCAUCCGCGGACGAGGAGGAGCCGCCUCCACCAAGGCGAUGCUCCAUUUCCCCGUGUUCUUCCGUCAGCUAUUCCUCGGCGAAGAAAAGAGCGCAACGGCUCCCUCCUCGUCAACUGGAGCAAAGUGAAACAAAUAUUGUGAGUGCAACCCAACGCAAGACAAACGCAUCAUUAUCAUCACCCUCAUUACCCCCGGCGGUACGGCAGUCACGGCAGAAAAAUGUGAAGGGGAAAUCAACACCAUCGCCGGGGGCACAGCGCUCAGCCAAACCGCGUCCACCGACUGCACGUGAGGCGCUCAUGCGGGAGCUUCGGGAUCAGCUUGAUUUGCUGCAGACGCAACACGCCAGUGUUCUUAAUCAGGAGGAGCAGCUGCAGCUAAAGCGGAAACAGGUGGUGGCAGCCAUUCAGCGCCACAGUGAUGGAGAAAACAGCAGCAGCUCCACGAGUGCGGGCAAGAAGCGACUUGCAUUGACUGCAUUGCUUAAACGAUUUGACGCAACCCAAGAGAGGGUUCAAAAGAAGGAGGCACGACUUCGGGAGUACGUGGAGAUAGUGAGGCGGCAACUGAAGACGUUAGAGGAUGAUUUACUUUGA